AUGAGAUCUAAAAGAGGUAUCAAAGGUGACAGAGGAAGCAUGAGAAUCAAGAUUGAUAUGGCCAAAGCCUUUGAUAGAUUUGACUGGAAUUUUCUACACAUCAUUCUUAUAAAUAUUGGUUUCAACAAUGAUUGGUGUAAGAAAAUCAUGCAAUGCAUAUCCACCAUCUUCGCAGCUGUUCUAAUCAAUGGAUCUCCAGAUACUUUCUUCAACCCUUCUAGAGGGCUUAGACAAGGAGAUCCCCUCUCCCUUUACUUAUUUUUAUUCUGUAUGGAAGCUCUUUCUGGAACCCUCAUUCAUGCUGAAGAACUGGGUAGCAUCUCUGGAAUUAAAAUAUGCAAAGAUGCUCCAUCAAUCAACCAUCUCCUCUUUGCUGAUGAUUGCAUGGUCUUCUGCAAAGCCAAUAAAGCUGAAGCUCGAAAUCUCAAGGAUAUUCUCAAUAUCUUUGGUGAUACUUCUGGUCAACUCAUCAAUUUCAACAAUUACAGAGAUUUCUUCAGCAAGAAUACUGAUCCAAGCUCUUCCUCUGGAUGA